CUCUUCUUCAUCCGGGUACUUGCCGUUGACUGUGUGGGUACGGAGGCGGGAAAUGGCGUCCAGAGGUGCGGGGAGGACAGAGGUGAACAUCGUCUGAAGGGGCACGCAAAAAAACAGCAAGUGUCAGCAGCUCUGAAAACGACCGAGAUUCUGCGUCUCGAUUCCUGGAGAUUCGUCCAUCUUACAUGUGACUCUUAACAAAAUGAAGCUGAGAAUGCGCAAGGCUUCUCAGCAGCCAUACCUCGCCCGCAGGCCCAGCCUGGCCCGGACCAAGCGGAAGCACUCCGGCCUUCUGUCAAGCAUCAAGAAGUUCAUCCAUGGAAGUUCCAUAAAGGUGGAGCCGGACAACCCAGCAAAGAGGAAUCGUUUGAGCUGCGAGCUGAUCACCUCCACCCCACAGAGGAAAAAUGACUUGCCAAGGAAAAGCAUCUACAGGGCACGCAGAAGAAGCUUUGUCAAUGGAGAAACCACAAACCAUGACACGAGUAAGCCUAACGGGAAGUUGGAGGAUUCUGAGGAGGUUGUGAACAGUCCACCUCGCACCACCCUGCUUGGAACUAUCUUCUCACCUGUCUUCAAUUUCUUCUCACCAGCAAAUAAAAAUGCCUCGGAUUGCCCAGGCCAGGUGGUGGAGGCAGAAGAGAUUGUGAAACAGCUAGAAAUGGAGCAAGUAGAAGAGAUGCCCACCAGUACUGCCACAUCUAAAGAGCCCCUAAGUGUCCCUCUCUACACCAGUGCCAUGCCCUCGGCCUUCAGACCUCCACCCUCCACUCACACACCUGCAGAGGAGAGUGUAAACACCCCCCACUCUGAUCUGCCUCCUCUUACAGCUCCUGGCUCUCCUGCAACAGGGGGUUAUGUGGACACCUCUCUUACUGUCCCAGCUGAAGGAUCAUAUGAAGAGGAGUGGGAAGUGUUUGACCCGUAUUUUUUCAUCAAACAUGUACCUCCACUAACAGAAGAGCAGCUAACUCGCAAACCUGCGCUCCCACUGAAGACUCGCAGCACUCCCGAGUUCUCCCUGGUGCUUGACUUGGAUGAAACCCUUGUCCAUUGUAGCUUGAAUGAGCUGGAUGAUGCAGCACUAACCUUUCCUGUACUCUUUCAAGAUGUCAUAUACCAGGUUUAUGUGCGAUUGAGGCCAUUUUUCAGAGAGUUCCUUGAACGCAUGUCACAGAUUUAUGAGAUCAUUCUCUUCACUGCCUCUAAGAAAGUUUAUGCAGACAAGUUGCUGAACAUUCUCGAUCCGAGGAAACAGCUGGUGCGGCACCGAUUAUUUCGUGAGCACUGCGUAUGUGUGCAAGGAAACUACAUUAAGGAUCUGAAUAUCCUUGGACGGGAUCUGUCCAAGACUAUAAUUAUUGAUAACUCACCACAAGCCUUUGCUUAUCAGCUUUCCAAUGGGAUCCCAAUAGAAAGCUGGUUUAUGGACAAGAAUGACAGUGAACUUCUGAAGCUGGUACCUUUCUUGGAGAAACUGGUGGAAUUGAAUGAGGAUGUGCGGCCACAUGUUCGCGAACAGUUUCGGCUUCAUGACCUCCUUCCCCCUGACUGAGCGCACAAAGUGGGACAGAACAGUAACAAAGUCAACAAAUGCAGAUAUAAAUUUUGCAUAAUAACAUCAUUGUCAUUUAAUCUGGAAAUCAACAUUUUUUAAUUCCCCGCAAAUUUUCAUUGCUUUGAAAACAUCGAAACAAAUGACUCCCUUUUCGGCACUUUUUGCCAUUUGUUCAGUCAAAGGGGUUCGAAGUUUCUUGUGUGGUCUCUUCAGUGGUUUCAUCCAGUACAAAGUGAAUGUGUAGCAGUCAGAAGAGAAGAUCUUGUUGUCUUUUGGUGCUCCAAUGGAAUUGACACUGUUGGGCUUUUGACCACUUUCAUAAGGAAUGGCCAGUAAGAAUAUUGUACUGUCUGA